AUGGCGGUGCCGGGGGGGGCGGGGCUGAUCCUGGUGCUGCUGGUGGGGGCGGGGCGCGGCUCGGCCAUCGCCAUCCCCCCCCAGUGUGAGUGGGGGAGGGGCGGGGGGGAGGGGAGGGGCGCGGGGGAGGGGUUUAACCUGGCCACGCCCCUCCAGCAGCCCCCCGAGCUGACGGAGCAGCCCCCGGAGCAGCUCGUGGUGUUCCCCAGCGAUGACGUCGUGCUCAAGUGCGCGGCCAGCGGGGACCCCCCGGUGCAGUUCCGAUGGUCACGUGACGACCGCCCGUUUUUGGGGGACGUCCCGGGGGUCUCGUUGUCCCCCGGUGGGGGGACCCUGGUGAUCAACGCCAGCGCGGCCGCGCGGCUGCAGGGCCGGUUCCGCUGCACGGCCAGCAACGCGCUGGGCACGGCGCUGUCCCACGAGAGCCGCGUCAUCGCCGAGAACACUCCGCAGUGGCCCAAGGAGAAGGUGACCCCGGUGCAGGUGGACGAGGGGGACCCCGUGGUGCUGCCCUGCGAGCCCCCCCGGAGCGCCGUGCCCCCCAAAAUCUACUGGCUCAACAGCCGGAUCGUGCACAUCGCUCAGGACGCCCGGGUCAGCAUGGGCCAGGACGGGUUCCUGUAUUUUGCCAACGCCCAGGUUGGCGACAGCCACCCCGACUACAUCUGCCACGCUCACUACCUGGGACCCCGAACCAUCAUUCAGAAGGAGCCCCUGGACCUGCGCGUCACCCCCAGUAACUCGGUGCAGUCCAGGAGACCCCGCCUGGUGGUCCCGAGGGACCCCCAACCCACGCACGUGGCGCUGAGGGGGGAGACCCUGGUGCUGGAGUGCAUCGCUGAGGGGCUGCCCACUCCCUGGGUGUCCUGGCGCAGGUUGAACGGGCCGCUGCCGCCGGGCCGGGCGGUUCUGGACAAUUUUAACAAAACUCUGCGGCUGCGCUCGGUCAGCGAGGCCGACGAUGGAGAGUACGAGUGCACGGCACAGAACGGGCACGGCACGGCACGGCUCAGCCACAGCGUCACCGUCGAGGCCGCCCCGUACUGGGUUCGCCGGCCCCGCAGUUCCGUGUUCGGCCCGGGGGAGACGGCGCGCCUGGACUGCGAGGUGGGCGGUAAACCCCGGCCCCGGAUCAGCUGGAGCCUGAACGGGAUCCCCCUGCAGGCCCUGCCGCUCUCGGGGCGCCGUGCUCUCCGGGACGGGGCUCUGGUCCUGUCCCAUCUGGAGCCCAACGAUUCCCUGGUGGCCCAGUGCGAGGCCAGCAACAGCCACGGGCGGCUCCUGGCAAACGCCUUCGUCUACGUCGUGGAGCUGCCGGUGCAGAUCCUGACCCCGGACUCCUCCCGUUACGCCGUGGUGGAAAACCAAACCGCCUUCCUCCACUGCCAAACCUUCGGGGCGCCCGCGCCCACCGUGGAGUGGCUGAACCCGGCUCUGGAGCCGGCCCUGCAGGACGAUCGAGCCUUCGGGUUCACCAACGGGACCCUGCGGCUGGGCCCGGCCGGGCGGGGGGACGCGGGGGUCUUCACCUGCCGCGCCCGCAACGCGCACAGCAACGCCAGCAUCACCGCCAGGCUCGACGUCAGGGGGGCCACGCGGAUCGAGGUGCCCCCCCAGAGUGUGACAGCCAAGAAGGGCGAGACGGUGACGUUCACCUGCAGGGCCACCUUCGACCCCAGCCUGGAGCCCCGCGGGGUCCUGUGGCUGCGGGACGGGACCCCCGUGCUGGAGACCCCCGACAGCGACAAGUUCUCGGUGGCCGGGGACUCGCUGACGGUGGCCGGGGUGGACUACGGGGACCAGGGACGGUUCCGGUGCCGCGCCUGGACCCCCCUGGACACGGCCGAGGCCGAGGCCGAGCUCAGGGUCGUGGGGGACCCCGAAAAAUGA